AGCAGCGAAGGAGCACCAGCAAAGCGCAGAGCCAGCGCCGCCCCCGUUUCUCCUCCUCCCAUCCCCAUCUCUCUCUCGCUCUCCUCUCGCGGAGAUCGAAGAGAAGCGGAGGCUCCUGCCCUAGCGCCGCCGCAUCAGCCAUGGCGCUAGCCGCUCGCCUCGUCUCCCGCUCCCGUCAGCUAUAUUCUGCUCAGGCUGCUUUUGUGAAUGGAGGUGCUAAUCAAGUUCGUUCCUAUGCCAAGGAUGCAGCUCCGGCUGACCGUCCUGUCAGUGGAGACGACCUGCUGAAGGGCAUAUUCUUUGAGGUAAAGAAGAAGUUUGAGACGGCCCUUGGUGUCCUGAAAAAGGAAAAGAUCACAAUCGAUCCAGAUGACCCAGCGGCAGUUUCUCGCUAUGCCCAAGUUAUGAAGACUGUAAGGGAAAAGGCAGAUCUUCUUUCUGAUUCUCAAAGAAUUAAAUAUACUAUUGAUACCUUUACCAAGGGAAUCCCUGAUGCGCGGACUUACCUGAAUACUCUUCAGGAGAUCAGAACAAAGAGUGGCCUUAUAGAUCAUCUUGGUAUCGAGCCUCUGAUGAUGGAAGCUCUUGAGAAGAUUGAAAAGGAUAUUAAGAAGCCACUUUUGAGGAGUGACAAGAAGAAUAUGGCUAUCCUCUUGGCAGAGUUCGACAAGAUAAACAAAAACCUUGGCAUCCGGAGGGAGGAUCUUCCCAAGAUUGAGGAAGAGCUUGAAAUGGAAAUUGCCAAAAGUGAGCUGACGGAACUUAAGAAGGAAUGUAUUGAAGCAAUGGAGACUCAACUAAAGAGGGAGGAGUUUAAAGAUGAGGAGAUGCCUGAUGUCAGGAAAUUGGACAUCAGAAACUUCCUGUAGGCUUGAUUGACGACAAUCCUCAUGGCAUUUCAAAUCGUCCGAUCCAUCCAUGAUUUUCAUUUUUGUUUUAAGGAGACCGGUGCUGUAAGCCACACCUCUUGAGUCAAUUCUUGCUUUUUGUAAUAAAAAAUGCACCGGAGUACAAAGACAGUCAACUGUCGAGUUGGAUUGCUUCUUGCCUCUGCUGCUCUGGUGGCCAUAGCAACAAUGAGUUAUAAUACAUGAACCAGAUUAUGGUACGAGGCAUUGAGAUAAUGAUGAUACUUGUUAUUUGACCUUUA